GUGGUCACAGGCUUACCUACCACCACAAAGCCCCCUCCUCCCUCUCAAAAAAUGGGUAAGAGGGAAACAGGUUGGAGGGGGGGCUUAUAUACCUUGUGAGUGGAAGCUCACACUUAAUGACCAUUCAUACCAUAGAAGAGACAGUGGCCCUUAUUCAAGGGGCUUUAAAGGAGAUAGAUGAGGAAGGAUUCAUGGAAGUGGAGGCUUGUGUAGAUUUUCUCCACAUAAUGUUCAAUCCCUUGCGUCAAAUAUUGUUUAUACUUUACAAAUGCCAAAUACAUAAUAUGUUCAGUCCCUGUGCUGUGCAAAGGUCAAUCUGAAACAAGAAAAAUGCCACACUCUCCCCCAUCAAUACCUUUGCAUGAACAAUAAGCCCACAUUUUAUGUCAUAAUAUUGAAUAUGUUUGUAUUUGAAUAAAUCCUAAAUUAUUGAGAUUCUCUCGAUGAAAAAGCAUCUAUAUUAAUGUAUCGUCUUCAACAAAUCAUCCUCGCUAAUAAAUAAUACAUGAGAGACAUCUCACAAGAUAACUAUUGAAAACCUAUGUCAGCUGCUUCUGUCUUCAUUAUAUCAAUAAUUAUUAAGCUUUGGUCUUUGGUUUUUGGUUUUCAUGUCCAAGAUUUUGAGGUAUAAGAGUGUGUAUAAUAUGCGAGCCAGCGAGCCAUGGCAGCGAGUCAUGCAGGUCAGAUACGACUCAUUGAAAACAAUACAUAAAAAUCAAAAACAGUAAUCUGGUAAUACCGAAGGAAUUAACUGAAAGCUAACCAUGGUAAAUAAGUGUUUAACCCUAAACAGCACUUAAUGAUAACCCUAACCCCAACCUAAGCCCUAAUCAGUAAAAAGAAUGCUUAACCGUAAUUUGUAAAAUUUGCAGUUUUUACUUGUUUUUACUUUAUUUUUGCUGAUCGUCUGCGUGACUUGCAUAGCUCCCUUACUCGUAGUUUAUGUCAGGACCAGAAAUAAAAUGUUUAAGUGCUGUUCAAUAGAACCAUGGAGAACUAUGAAAAAGAACUUUGGAAAACUUAUGUUGUGUCCAUGCCAAGUGCAGCAAUCAUUAUUAUUUUGGGCCAAACCUUGUCUAAUAGAAUUGUUUGAGGGUCCCCACAGAGAAGACUUGGAGAAAAGUGCCCAUCAAAGUUACGAUGCCUUUGGUUUG